AUGCAUUUCUCCUUUCAUACCGUUGCCACAGUAGCACUUAUCCUGUCCGGUGCACAAGCUGUUCCUCGCAAUGUCCAUGUCUUUGACCGCUCCGAGCUAGGAGCAUACCGUGCCCUUCCAAACCGUGCCGGCAGAGCAAUCCCCAGCGAGGCCUCCGGAAUUGUCAGUGCUUCUGCUCCAGCUGCUUCUGGAGGGUCUUCUGGAACAUCCACCGCAUCUGCGCCCACCUCCUCGGGAAGCUCAUCGGGCAACUCUACCACCGGCACCAUGCCCGCGUCCGCUGGCCAAAGCACUCUCUCCGAGCCCAUGAAAGUCACCGGCGAAUUCGACGGCGGCAUGGUAACCUUCGAUCGCGGCGUCGAAUGCACAGGCCAAUCUGAGGGCGACGACUUCGACGCCGUGUUCGACAUCCAAGCAGGCGGUACGCUCAAAAACGUCAUCAUCGGCGCCAAUCAGAAGGAAGGUGUCCAUUGCCAGGGUGCCUGCACGCUUGAGAACGUAUGGUGGGAAGCUGUUUGCGAAGAUGCUUUUACCAUCAAGGUGCAAGAUGCGAAUGCGACGACAACUAUUACCGGUGGAGGAGCUAGUGGAGCGGAAGACAAAGUGCUGCAGCAUAAUGGUGGCGGAACGCUCAAGGUCUCUGGGUUUACCGUCGGCGACUUUGGCAAGCUUUAUCGGGCGUGCGGUAACUGCAAGGAGAGUGUUGACCGCCAUGUUGAGCUUGACAGCAUCAAGGCUACUGGUGGAACAUCUACUCUCAUUGGCAUCAACCCUAACUUUGGCGAUACCGCUAAGAUCACGAACUCAUGCAUUACGGGUACCAAGACUAUUUGCGAGGAGUUCGAAGGGACGACCCCGGGCAAUGAGCCAAAGUCUGUUAGCACGGGCCCAAGCGACACCUGUGUGUAUACCGAUGCCGACAUCAACGCUUGCUAG